AUGCCCAUCUGCAUCCACUGCCGCUACCCCGUCUCCAAUCUCUACACAACCUACAGCAAAGCCGACGAUAAAGCGCUUGGCAAGGGUGUCCGGCUCACGCAAUGUCCCCGUUGCAAGCGGUUCGCGGACAAGUACGUUGAGCAUGACUUUGUAGUCCUCUUCAUUGACCUUGUCUUGAUCAAACCGCAAGUCUACCGCCAUCUCCUCUUCAAUCACUGGGAUCGCGAAGAUGACCGCUUCGACUCAUCGAUCAUCCGUUUCGCCGUGCUCCUUUUACUGUUCGACGUCUACCUGACAUGGGCGCGGAUAGAAAAGGCAACCUCAGCGGUUCCGUCCCUGCCGCUCUCGCCACCUCCUCCACUGCCACUGCCUCCAUCGUCAUGGACAAAUGAGACAGCUUCGUACGGAAACAGUACUAGUGCAGUCGGUGCAGCAGGCUCGAGCGGAAGCUUGCUGACAACGCAGCCAAUACUGCUCCAGUACCUCUUCUUCCUCGCCCUGUGCACGCUCGAGACGGUAUCCUUCCACUUACCUCUCCGGGUCCUGCUUUCCCUACGUCUGCCGUCCUCGCUGCGCAAACUCCUACCAAUCCCGUACUACCCUCGUCCGGCCUUGAUAAGCACAGCGCUGCUGGUGAGCUCGUUCACGAAACUGUUCCCUCUGCUGCUGCUCAUCUGGCAGUACGACCUACCAAGCAGCGCCUCAGCAGUAAGCUGGGCGGUCAUCAUCAACAAUGUAGCAGCGCUAGAAAUUUUGCUGGGCUGUGGGUACAUCACCGCGGCAUUACUCUGCGCUGUUGGUGCUGUUUGUCGAGCUGCAGUUGGAUGGGCUAUUCUCCGGGCGGUUGGCAUCGAUGGUGGU